GGUUCCUCCUGUACGCAGCGGCCGCGUCGCGUUGUGCUGAACUCUCAGGCACAUUUUUGGGGAUGGUUUUGGGAUCCGUGCUGCGACGGUGGCUUCUUCGAAUUGAGCAGCAAAACGUGAGCAGCAUCUUUUUGCUGUUUGCAGUGAAGAACCCUCCGGCAGAGCCCUCGCGCUACCUCUCCAUCCCACCCAAAAGCCCCGACAAGAUGGGCUUCGACGAGGUGUUCAUGAUCAACCUGAAACGCCGGGCCGACCGCAGGGAUCGCAUGCUGCGCACGCUGCACGAGCAGGAGAUCGCCUGCAAGCUGGUGGAGGCAGUGGAUGGGAAAGCCAUGAACAGCAGCGAGGUGGAAGCUCUGGGGAUUAAGAUGCUGCCAGGCUACAAGGAUCCGUACCACGGCCGGCCGCUCACCAAGGGAGAGCUGGGCUGCUUCCUCAGCCACUACCAGAUCUGGAAGGAGAUAGUUGAGAGAGAGCUGGAGAAGUCGGUGGUGUUCGAGGACGAUCUGCGCUUUGAGAUCUUCUUCAAGCGGCGCCUGAUGAACCUGAUGUAUGAUUUAGAAGAGGAGGGCUUGGAUUGGGACCUGAUUUACAUCGGGAGGAAGAGGAUGCAGGUGGAGCAUCCCGAAAAGUCGGUGCCACGCGUGAGGAAUUUGGUAGAGGCUGAUUAUUCCUACUGGACUUUGGCUUACGUCAUUUCGCUGCGGGGAGCUCGCAAGCUGCUGGCGGCCGAGCCGCUCUCCAAAAUGCUGCCUGUCGAUGAAUUCCUUCCCGUCAUGUUCAACAAACAUCCUGUCUCCGACUACAUGAAGCACUUCAAGAACCGCAACCUUCUGGCCUUUUCCGUGGAGCCACUGCUGGUUUAUCCCACCCACUACACCGGCGACGACGGCUACAUCAGCGACACGGAGACUUCGGUGGUGUGGGACAACGAGAAGAUCAAGACGGACUGGGAUCGAGCCAAGUCCCAAAAGAUGAAAGAGCAGCAGGAGCUGCGCCGAGAGGCCAAGAACUCAGACGUGCUGCAGUCCCCCCUUGACAGCACGGCAAGGGACGAGCUAUGACCCCCAUGUCACCUCCAUGUGGGGCUUUCGUCACCUCCAUGUGGGGCCUUGGCCAACAUUUCACCUUCAGUCAUCAUCUGGGGCCUUGGCUGCCAUUUUGGGGCUUGGUGAGAGCCACCAUUUUGAGGCUUUGGCUGCCAUUUUGGGGCCUUGGCCCACAUUUCACCUUUGGUCACCAUCUGGGGCCUUGGCCACCAUUUUGGGGCUUGGCGAGAGCCACCAUUUUGAGGCUUUAGCUGCAAUUUUAGGGCCUUGGCCAAACCUCUUUUGGAACUUGGCCCACAUUUCUCCUUUGGUCACCAUCUGGGGCCUUGGCUGCCAUUUUGAGGCCUUGGCCCACAUUUCACCUUUGGUCACUAUUUGGGGCCUUGGCCGCCAUUUUGGGGCUUGGCAAGAGCCACCAUGUUGAGGCUUUGGCUGCUAUUUUGGGGCCUUGGCCCAACCUCUUCUGGGGCCUUGGCCCGCAUUUCUCCUUUGGUCACCAUUUGGGACCAUGGCUGCCAUUUUGGGGCUUGGCGAGAGCCACCAUUUUGGGGCCUUGGCCAACAUUUCUCCUUUGGUCACCAUCUGGGGCCUUCACCGCCAUUUUGGGGCCUUGUCCAAAACUCUUUCAGUGCCUCAUCCACCUUCAGUUUGGCUCCUUUAGGCCUUGGCCACCAUUUUGGGCCGUGAGGAGCCGGCCGGGCUCACGGUGCUCCUGGGCCGAGGCCCUGCUGCGUUGUCAACCAAAGCUCUGCGGUUGUUUCGUUUCGUUUGGUUUUUUUUAUUUU